AUGCCUCAUCGUUGGCGGAUGGCUCUCCUCGUAGGCCUUGCAUUCUGUGUGUAUGUGUUUGUGUCAACAACGUCCAGAAGGACUCCAGGUGGGAGCCGGGAUAAAAGGCUCGAGUUUUUGUACAACGACAGCGACUUUAUUCAACAACGACUGAGACAAAUAGAAAAGAAUCCACUCCAUGGCCUCUAUGGAUCCAGCACAACAACGGCAUCGAAGUCUUCUUCUUCUUCUCACUUUUCAUCUCAUCGGUUUUUUAGAGCUUCUUAUUCUCAGCUACCGACCAUCCAGUAUGAGUUUGCAAAGGAAAGCAUUGAUGAUAUGCUGACUCGCAAUUUUCGUCGAGAAGCUGUCAAACAAUCCUUUUUACAUGCAUGGAACGGAUACAAGACGUAUGCGCUCGGUGCCGACGAAUUGCAGCCGAUUUCGAUCCAAAAGAAGAACCCCUUUGGAGGGGUAGGAGCGACGUUGUUAGAUAGUCUGAGCACCAUGUUGGUGAUGGAGUUAAACGAGGAGUUUGAAGAGGUGCUACCGCUGAUCAAAAACGUCAAUUUCUUUGUGGAUGAGAAUCUAAGUGUGUUUGAAACGACCAUCCGGUGCAUGGGAGGGCUUUUGAGUGCUUAUGAAUUAGCGCUUGCUGCUACAAGGAGCAGGUCAUCCGCAGGCUCCAACGUUGGAUUAGCACAAGAGCAAGAAUAUCUGUUGAAAAAAGCAGAAGAGAUUGGAUUGGCCUUAUUACCCGCUUUUGAUACACUCUCUGGUAUACCUUAUUAUUUAUUCAAUCCUGUCAAAGAGUCGUCUACUUCCAACACGACCUUUUUGGCAGAUGCAGGAACCUUGCAGUUGGAAUUUUUUACAUUAUCACAUUACACUGGCAAUCCUAUUUUUGCACAAAAGGCUCAAGCGAUUAUUGAUCAUCUUGAUGACUACACAUUUUCAAGCGAAAGCAUGAUUUCUGGUUUAUUCCCUAAUGAUAUUAACGUUCAAACAGGAGAAUUAAGACCCACUCAUAUCAGUUUUGGAGCCAUGGGCGACAGCGCUUAUGAAUAUUUCCUCAAAAUGUACAUAUUAUCAGAAGGCAAAUUACCACAAUACGGUAGAUUAUAUAAAACGGCUAUCGACAAGAUGAAGAAAUACAUGUUGCUUCGUACAAAAGAAACUCACUAUUUGUAUCUUCCGCCUUAUGAUGUGAGGAGAGGAACAUUUACUUAUAAAAUGGAUCAUCUGGCUUGCUUUGCACCUGGUAUGCUAGCCAUGGGGGCCAAGAUUUUCAAUAGACCGGAAGACAUGAAAGUAGCCAAAGGCAUCUUGGAGUCUUGUGUAGUGAUGUAUCGCAGUUCAGAAACAAAUUUGUCACCCGAGCUAUGGACUUUUGAUCAAAGAAAGUUUGAACAGUAUGAUGCUUUGAGCUACGAUGUGGAGGAAGCAUGGGUAGCGACGAGCGCAUCUCUUCAGGACAUGAAAGUACAAAGGCCGGACGGCAUCUUUAUCACGGAUCCUCGUUACUUGUUACGGCCCGAAACGGUAGAAAGCUUGUUUAUUCUGUAUCGAACCACGGGUGACCGUAAAUAUCAGGAAUAUGCAUGGGAAAUAUAUCAAGCGAUCGAGACCUAUUGUAAAACGCCUCAUGCUUAUGCAGCAUUGAAAAACGUAUUGUCGUUGAACAAGAACAAGAAAUCGGCGUUCAAUCAAAUUGACAGUAUGGAGACGUAG